AUGUUUGGCAUGGGAUCGAUUCUGUCAACAUUGUUUUCUAUCUCAUCCACUUUUUGGUCAUUCCUUCGUUCCAAUCGAAUGGUACUUCCCUACAACAAAUCCUUCCGACUCUUUGUGGUUGCCAUUGUCGUGAUUUUAUUGUUGUAUUUUUCAAUGUUUUAUUACAAAACUCACAGACGAAAAUUAUUUGAAAUUAAUCGCCUUCACGAUCGUCGUCACACUCUUCGAAAUAUUUAUUUCGGAAAUUAUCAAUGCAAUCGAUACAGUCACAUUGGACAAACAAAUUUAAUUCCAUUUGGUUACGAAUAUGAAUAUACACCAAAAGAUACCAUGAUGGCCUCCUGUAAAAUUGAAAAUUUAUGUUUGAGUGAGAAUGGUGACUUUGUCCUCUUUCAAUCACAUGAUCGAAUUUUAAAUGAUUUAAAUCAAUUAAAUGUUAAACCAUGGGUCUACGUGCAAGGAUCUACCGUAGAGAGCGAUCGAGGAAAUUUCUAUAUUAAAAACUUGAAUGGAGAUUUAGUAUUUGAGGAAAGCAAUGGAAAUGCAUACGCAAAAGCUUUUGUGAGAAUUUUAAAGAAAAAGCAAAAUCAAUGUGACACGAAUAAUGUCAUGUGUUUGUCACAAGUGGAAGAACAAGUAGAAUUAGUGCCUAUUUCACUAUCAUCUAAUUUUACCUUUUUUGAAAAAUCAGUGUUUGCCUUACAACGAUUUGCUGCUGGAAAUGUUGGUCAUAUUUUCUCAGAAUCUUUGGCCAUGAUUGUUGGGCACAUGUUAAAUUUUCAUACACAUGAUUCAGAUGCUUCUCCAUUUGAAAAUCAUAUUUUAUUUUUGGAUGACAUAUUUGACGUGAGUGGAGAUAAUUGGAGAGGUGCCUACAAAUAUGAUCCAGCAAAGGCAGAAUAUUAUUCCUUGUCAACAGCAAAACUUUUAUCAAAUCAUUCAGUAUUGCAACUAUGCAAGAGAGAGGGUGUUUGGAAAAUUGAGAAAGCUCCAUGUCGAUCAGAAGUUUCUUCUCAAUUCAAUUCGCCCAUUCCCACAUUCAUGAAUGGAUCCAACUUGUCGAACUUAACUCUCCAGUCAUGUUUUUCAAACAUUUAUUUGGGUCACACUCUCAGCAAUUUGGUAUUGAAUCCCUAUGGAAAGGAAGGACUUUUUAUGAAAUUAAGGGAACUUGUUUACAAAAAUUUGAAUUUAUUUCCGUUCGAUGCAAAAUACACCAAACAGCAAAAACAGAAAAAACUUGCUAAAUAUUUACUUGAAAAAGAUAUAAUUAUUGCCAUUAAUAGAAAAGACAUCAAAGGUCGUCAUGGUCAAGCACUUUCCAAUGCUGAUGAAUUGAAAGAUUAUUUUCAACAAGAAUUACCCAAAAAUCCUCUCAUUCAACAAUUCAUUCGACCAACACCACAUUCGAACGUUCGAAAACUCAGAAUUGAAACUCUAGAUUUAGGAAGUUUUGCAAGCAUUUCUGAACAAAUCAAGUACUUUUCAGAUGUGGAUGUUUAUAUUUCUGAUCCAGGAAGUGCCGCUUAUUAUUCUCUCUUUUUAAGAGAAGACACUUCUGCAAUGAUUGCACCAACCUGCAAACGAUUCAGAAGAGACAUUUUGUGUCAACCUUCACAUGGUCGAUUGGUAUUAUCUUCUCUUCCACAUGUUCAAGUAUUGGAUAUUUUAGAAUUGAAUGGUGGAACGGGACAAUGCAGAUUUCGACCAGCUCUUCAAGCUCAAAGAAAUUGUGAUUUUGUUUCACCAAAGGAAGUGUUGUUGCAUUCAGUGUUGAAGGCGUUGAGAAAAAGAUAUCGACUACUCAUGACAUGA